AUGGAUUCCCUCACAAACGAAGAGGUAGCUGAUUCUGAGAGUCAAGUGACUCCCUUUGCUAAAGCUGGGUUUUUCAGCAAGAUGUCAUUUUGGUGGUUGAAUCCUCUAAUAAAGGUGGGCUACAAGAAACCCCUUGAAGACAAAGACAUGCCACUUCUAGGCGCCACAGAUCGAGCACAUAACCAGUACUUGAUGUUCAUGGAGGAGCUGAACGGCAAGAAGCAGUCGCAGUCACAAGCCACACCAUCUUUCUUAUGGACUAUUGUUUCUUGUCACAAGCGUGCGAUCCUAGUCUCGGGUUUCUUUGCUUUGCUCAAGGUUCUUGCCGUAUCAACAGGCCCAAUAAUUCUCAAGGAAUUCAUCAAUGUGUCACUUGGGAAAGGGACCUUCAAAUACGAAGGCUGUGUGCUUGCUGGGUUAAUGUUCAUCUGCAAAUGUUGUGAAUCAUUGUCACAGAGACAGUGGUAUUUCCGCACUCGGAGAAUAGGAUUGCAGGUGAAGUCACUCCUGUCGGCAGCUAUUUAUAAGAAACAACAGAAGCUAUCAAAUGCAGCAAAAAUGAAGCACUCUUCUGGAAAUAUUAUGAACUAUGUGACCGUCGAUGCACAUCAGAUUGGGGAAUUCCCAUACUGGUUCCAUCAAACAUGGUCAACAAGUGUUCAGCUUUGCAUUGCUCUGGCAAUUCUAUACUAUGCAGUUGGUGCUGCAAUGAUUUCAUCUUUGGUUAUCAUCAUUAUGAUCGUACUGUGUAACGUUCCAUUUGCCAGACUGCAACACAAAUUUAAGAGUAAACUUAUGGAAGCACAAGAUGCGAGAUUGAAGGCCAUGUGUGAGUCAUUUGUUCAUAUGAAGGUGUUGAAACUUUAUGCAUGGGAAUCUCACUUCAAGAAGGUCAUUGAGGGAUUGAGAGAGGUUGAGUACAAGUGGUUGUCAGCAUUCCAGUUUAGGAGGGCAUACAACGCUUUCCUGUUCUGCAAUGUCUUCACCUUUGUGGCAGCUCUAAGUCUUGUGCAAGAGCCAGUAAGGUUAAUACCAGAUGCUAUUGGCUUUGUGAUACAAGCUAAGGUUGCGUUCGCUCGGAUAUCGAACUUCCUUGAUGCACCUGAGCUAAACGGACAGGUUAGGAAAAAAUCCUACGUUGGCAUUGAUUACCCUGUACCUAUAGCGAUGAAUUCGUGUAGCUUCUCGUGGGAUGAGAAUACAUCAAACCCAACUCUAAAGAAUAUAAAUCUGGUAGUCAAAGGUGGAGAAAAGAUUGCGAUUUGUGGAGAGGUAGGAUCGGGAAAAUCGACGCUUUUGGCUGCUGUACUCGGAGAGGUCCGCAAAACUGAAGGCAUGAUCCAAGUCUACAGGAAAAUAGCAUAUGUUUCUCAGAAUGCAUGGAUCCAAUCUGGGACUGUGCAAGACAAUAUUCUCUUUGGAUCGUCGAUGGACGGGGAAAGAUACCACAACACACUCGUGAGGUGCUCGUUGGUCAAGGACAUUGAAAUGUUGCCAUAUGGAGAUUGUACUCAAAUUGGGGAGAGAGGAGUACAUCUUAGUGGUGGUCAGAAGCAGCGAGUCCAGCUUGCUCGUGCACUAUACCAAAAUGCAGAUAUCUAUCUUCUUGAUGACCCUUUCAGUGCUGUUGAUGCACAUACAGCCACAAGUCUCUUCAAUGAAUAUGUCUUGAGUGCUCUAUCGGACAAGACUGUCCUUUUGGUGACGCACCAAGUGGAUUUUUUACCCGUAUUUGACUCCAUUUUGUUCAUGUCAGAUGGAGAGAUUAUUCGGUCUGCGCCUUAUCAAGAUCUAUUGACAGAUUGUGAAAAAUUUAUAGGCCUUGUAAAUUCCCAUAAGGAUACUAUUGGUGCUGUGGAUCUUAAUAAAAACAUACCUCCGCAAAGAUCUAAGGAAGUGUCAAAAAAGGUGACAGAUGAUAUUCAUGGAAGCAGAAAUACAGAGUCUGUGAAGCCAUCACAGGAAAACCAACUGAUCAAGGAAGAGGAAAGAGAAACAGGGGAUGCAGGUUUCAAGCCUUAUAUGAUUUACCUGCGCCAGCACAAAGGCUUCCUCUAUUUCUCUUUGUGUAUGUUUUUUCACAUAAUUUUCAUAGCUGGGCAAAUAUCACAGAACUCAUGGAUGGCUGCUAAUGUCCAAAAUCCUCAUGUUUCUUCAGAUUUGAGCCUUGUUGACCUUGAUGUUCCAUUUUCAUUUGUGUUUAGCCUUGGUGCCAUCUUUAAUGCAUAUAGCAAUUUAGGUGUAUUGGUUGUUAUUACAUGGCAAGUUCUGUUUGUAUCCGUGCCAAUGAUAGUUUUGGCAAUUUGGUUGCAGAGGUACUAUCUAGCGUCAGCCAAGGAAUUGAUGCGGAUCAAUGGUACUACGAAGUCUGCUGUGGCAAAUCACUUAGGUGAAUCGAUUUCAGGGGCUAUAACAAUAAGGGCCUUCGAGGAAGAAGAUCGUUUCUUUUCUACAAAUUUGGAUCUUGUCGACAAGAAUGCCAGUCCAUAUUUCUAUAAUUUUGCAGCAACUGAAUGGUUGAUUCAACGUCUGGAGAUAAUGAGUGCCGCAGUUCUUUCUUUUUCUGCCUUUGUCAUGGCCCUUCUUCCUCAACGUCUGGAGAACUCUAUAAAAAUCAUUUUGGAAUAG